CGGCCGCCAGCCGCCUCCACACCAGCAGCAUGCAGACCACCGGGGACACCGGAGGAGCGGGUGGCGAGGGGCCGCGGGAGCUGGCACUCUGCGUCCUCUGUGGCUUGCCCGCGGCGGGAAAGUCGACCUUCGCGCGUGCGCUCGGCCACCAGCUGCGGCAGGAGCGGGGCUGGGCGGUGGGCGUCCUCUCCUACGACGACGUCCUGCCCGACGCGCCCCUGGACGGGGCGUGCGCGCGACCGCCGCCAUCCCGGUGGAAAGCGCUUCGGCAGGAACUGCUGAAGUAUCUGGAGUGUUUCCUGAUGGCUGUCAUUAACAGACGUCCAGUGUCUGCCCCAGCCAGCAGGACUGAAGCCAUGUGGGAAGAUUACGUAACCUGCUUAAAGGCUCAAGAUUUGGUAUUUCCUGCAGAACUUGAGACCCAGUCUUGCUACCUCUUGACCAAAACUGCUAUUUCCAGACCUUUGAUUUUGGUUUUAGAUGACAACUUUUAUUAUCAAAGUAUGAGAUAUGAAGUCUACCAACUGGCUCGGAAAUAUUCACUAGGCUUUUGCCAGCUCUUUUUAGAUUGUCCUCUGGAGACCUGUUUGCAGAGGAAUGGUCAGAGACCACAGGCACUGCCUCAUGAGAUCAUCCACCUGAUGGGGAAAAAGAUAGAAAAGCCCAACCCUAAGAAAAAUGCUUGGGAACACAAUAGCCUCACACUUCAAAGUCCAGCAUUUCCUUUGGAGGCCAGCCUGCAGGUGAUUGAUUUAUUGCUUACUGCUUUGGAAAAUCCAGUAAAGUAUGUUGAAGACAAUAUGGAACAAAAGGAUACAGACAGAAUUAUUUGUUCUGCUAACAUUCUUCAUAAGGCUGAUCAGACGUUCCGAAAAAGUGUCUCUCAGACAAUGAAGGAAGCAAAAGAUGAGCAAAUACUUCCUAACAACUUGAAGCUUCUAGCAGAAGAACUUAACAAGCUCAAAGCAGAAUUUUUGGAAGACCUAAAACAAGGAAACAAAAAGUAUCUGUGCUUUCAACAAACCACUGACCUAUCAGAUGUGAUUUCUUCAUUUUGUAAUGAGAAAAAUAAUAUUGUACAGAAGUAUUUUUCAAAGCAACAUUAAAAUUUCUGAAUUUC